AAUCCGAAUUCUCUAUGCCACAGACGCCAAAUGUCGUCAUCGAUCAAUGACAUUUUGUGAAGUUGAAUUUAUUGAUAUAAAGCGUUAAUGUAAAUAAUAAACAAUUCCAACAUAAACGUCGGCUUCCAGUCGAUAUGUAUGCCAAGGGCAAAGGCUCUACGGUACCUUCGGACGCUCAGGCUCGCGAGAAGUUGGCCCUCUAUGUGUACGAGUACUUACUGCAUGUCGGGGCACAGAAAGCGGCGCAAACAUUUCUCUCUGAAAUACGAUGGGAAAAGAACAUAACGCUCGGCGAACCCCCCGGGUUCCUACAUUCCUGGUGGUGUGUGUUUUGGGAUCUUUAUUGCGCCGCGCCAGAGAGAAGGGACACAUGUGAGCAUUCGUCAGAGGCGAAGGCUUUUCACGACUACGGCUUCGUCAAUUCAGGAUACGGUGUUAAUGGAAUCGGUCACAACGCUGGCCCGGCGCCUCCAAACGACGGUAUGGGCGGAGGUGGAAUGCCGCCCGGAUUCUUCCCCAACUCGUCACUACGGCCGUCGCCGCCGGCGCCCCAUCCGGGCUCCCAGCCGUCCCCGCACGGACCGCAGCCGCAAUUAAUGGGGACCGGGCAGCCCUUCAUAGGGCCCUGGUACUCGGGCGGGCCGCGAUCCGCUGUCAGGAUGGGCAUGGGCAAUGAUUUUAAUGGACCACCAGGGCAAGGCAUGAUGGGCAACUCGCUGGAGCGCGGCGGCGGCGGCGGCGCGGGCAUGCUCGGCGGGCCGCGCAUGACGCCGCCCCGGCCCGGCAUGGGGCCCAUGAGCCCCGGGGCGUACGCGGCCGGCAUGCGCGGGCCCCCGCCGCAGGGCGCAGGCAUGCCGCCGAUGGGCAUGGGCCCGCGCGGCGCGUGGGCGGGCGGCGGCGGUGCGGCGGGCGGCACCGCGCCGCUCAACUACAGCGGCGGCUCGCCCGGCGCGUACGGCGCGCCGCCCGGCUCCAACGGCCCGCCCGGCCCGCCGACGCCGAUCAUGCCCAGCCCGCAGGACUCGUCCAACUCCGGUUUAGGUGGCGUGGACGGUAUGAAGUCGUCGCCGGGCGGCGUCGGGGGCGGGGGGCCAGGGACUCCGCGCGAGGACUCGGGCUCCGGCAUGGGAGACUACAACUUAAGUUUCGGCGGGCCCGGCGGCGACCAGAGCGACCAGACGGAGUCGGCCGCCAUUUUGAAAAUUAAAGAGAGCAUGCAGGAGGAGGCGAAACGGUUCGAGAAGGAUCCCGACCACCCGGACUACUUCAUGCAGUGAGCGGCCGGCGCGCCCACGUACCACCGCCGCCCGGGCUGAGCGCCACUGUCACCUGUCAGUGUCAUGUGUCACUGGCACUGUCACUGUCGCGCGAUACAGUUUGACGGCUGUCACAAUAACCGCGGCAACGCCAUCGCUGUCAUUGUCAUGUGACAGUGGCGUUCUGUCGGCUGUCGCGUGCAGUUUCGUACUGUCACCUGUCACAUGUCAAAAUGACGUCCGUAUGACGGUUGCGCGCGAAUUGAUCUCGGCGACGGUAGUCCGGUAUGUGGGCAGGCUCGAUCUGAUCUUCCUUUAUUUAUUAAUUUUUUAGCGCACCGUUCUAUAUAUUUGCCGUUUGGCGGCUCACGGCUGUAUGUCGUUACUGUUACACGAAUGAGCUUACGGUCUUGUAGACACGUUAUGGGAACACAGGGCGUCUCUUUCUAACCGAUGGCGCACCCUAUUCUUUCUCCUUGUCACACGAUUAUGUGGUGUGGGUUUAUAGUUUUUUUCGUGAUAGUGAACACAAUUUUGACGCAUUUUGAGGACUCGUUGUGUCCCUUUCUAGUAAACUCUUCCUAUCUAGUAGCCGCAUUGUAUUUGCUACUUUUGGUUCCUUCGAUUUUGGACCUUAUUCCCCGAACAAAUAAAGUUGUUUGUUAAAUGAAAGGUUUCUACGUAAUCUACAUAAAGGCUCGUAAGCCGUCAAAGGCCACUAUCAGCACUGUAGUUGAAAUAGACGUUACUGAGUGUUUUUAUUUUUGUAUUUCGAAUGAAAUCGAACUUUGUUGUGGCUGGGGUAAGAGUGGUUAUCGAAUGGCAGAGUAUUUUUAUAAUAUCGAAAAGGGAAGAUGAAUUGUUGUUACUCUAAUGAAAUGUCAGUAUUUUUUUUUAUAAAACACCCACACAGCGUGCCUACAGCGAUAUUUUUUAGUUUUUUUUAAUCAUACACGUUUACUAAGAUUUUCUUAAGGAUCAAUCAGUUAUGGUCGAGCAUAGCUCAGUAAAUUAUAUACAUUGCAGCAACAAAGUUCAAUUUUAUUGUCCAUUGGUCUAACGGCGGGAAUUUGAAAACAUUGUCACAUUUUAAUCUGUGGAUUUAUAUAUAUACAAUUCGCCUUUCUUCAAUGAAAACACCAUGAACAUUGUUGGUGAAAAAAAAAACAAUUUUUUUUCUACUUUGACAGGUGUCAAAUUUGCGCGCGCUAGACUUCCCGCGAAAUAGUGACGUUCCGUUCCGUGCUCGAUGAAUGUAUUAAAAAAUAAUUUCGAAUAUAAUAUUAUGUAUGUAAUAUGUAAUUGAAUAUACAUAGACGUUCUUAAUUUAAUUUUUAUUUUAUUAAUUAUUAUAAAUGUAAUGUGUAUAAUUGAAUUUUUUUUUUUAAAUGGAUUCUCUGUAAAUGGGCGUUUUAUCGAUGUUUUACUAACCCGUUCUUUUUUAAUUUUUUUUUUAAUCAGUGCGUAAUAGACAACGGUUCUUUGCCGGCAUUUUUCAGCCAUGGUUACUUAACGAUUGUUCUGAUUGAAAUUCAUGUUGUCUUAAGUUGAGGAAUUUGCGUUUCGUCAUAUAUAAAACGGCUCGAUAGAUUCUGAUGUAAUCACAGAUUUCUAUGACAAUUGAUAAUUAUCUUUUUUAUAACAUUUACAAUGAUAGAUUGAUUUUUUUGGAGACUUAGUUUUUGUUAAAGUUUAUGAAGGAAAACUUAGAAAAUUAAAAAAUAGUUUUGAUUGGGUAAGCAAUAAAUAUGCAGUUAAAUAAUUUUAAAUUAACAGAGACCCUAACUUGCAGAAAAAAAAUCCAGUAAAGCUUCUUAAAGCGCGGUUAAUCUAUUGAUGGGUGACCGCUCACUGAUAGCCCCUCAUGCUUCUGUUGGUAUAUAGUUUCGACUUGGGAAAAUCUUGAGUUGUGGAGUUUUUUAAUUUGACCUAAAAAUGUGAUUUUUUGAAGGUAUUCACAUAUUACGUAUUUGAUUAUAUCGAGUCAUUUUAUAUCCCGACGCCAUCCGGAACGCACGCUCGUGCGUUGUAUGCGUUUAGUAUGUCAUUCUACAUUAUGUGUACAUCUUCCAAUUUUUUUUUUAAAUAUAUAAAUUAUUAUUAUUUAGCUUUUGUUUUUAAGAUAUAAUGUUCCUAGAUUCGUAUUUUUACAGAUAAGUUCAGUUUUUUUGCAAUGUAUUGGCCCGCCCGCUUGUAGAAAUGUUCGAUUAUUACCGUAUAUUAGAAUCAUUUAAUCAAUAGCGCUAUUUAUUUUAAUGAUAUUGUAAAUAUGGAAAUUUUAUGGUUUCUUAUACAGGGUGUGUGUGAAUUUUGAUGUUGCUUUCUGUUUCUGUCAUCUCACAUCGCUCAUUUUACGAUUUCAUAACAAGUUCUUGUAUUUUUUUUUUCAUUGAAUCAAAUUCUGGGACACCCUGUAUAACGUUUUUGGUAUCCAAUCGUUUUGAUGUAUAUUUUCUUUAAUACGAGCAUUUUUACGUGGCUUAAGAUUUCGAAUGUACGACUGAUUUUACGCAAAAAAAAAUCCUCUUUCAUUCGAAUACGCAUUUAUUCAGGUUAAAUUAUUGAUUUAAAAUAUUUAUCAUUAGGCGUAGAUGCGCGGGCAGCCAAAAGUGUAAAGGAAUUGAUCUAUUUGUCCAGAAUUUUUGGCGGUCCGCGCGGGAUUUCGAAAAAUGUUGAUGCAAAAAAAAAAAAAAGAUUUUUGUACUAAAAUUUAAAAAUGUUCAGAAUUUUCUUUCAAAUCCGGUAUUUAAAUAGCAUAGUUUUUUUUUUUCUCGGGGUGUAUGGAAAUUUGUAUAAAAUAGGUUAUUAUAGCGAGAUUUUCGGUGAGGUAGCAUCUAAGUUGAGGGCGUUGCCCUGUCCAUAGUUACGUACAAGUUUUUGGUCCUUUUAGUGCUGCGAAAGUUUAUCAUCUGUGCGUCAAAUGACAUUGACAGAUUGGGACGUCAAUGAAAUGUUAUGGUAUCUAUGAAAAAAAAAAUAGAACUUUGAAUUACACGUUUAAAAAAAGAAUACGUCUAUGUCCUUUACAUAGCUCAAACGUUCUGGCGGGUAAAUUUAAAAUGUCACAAGAAAAUUGCUAUUGAAUCUCGGAAAACACAAAAUUGAUUGCAAUUAUUUAAGAAAAUAUGUAAAUGUAAAUAAAGUGGAACGUGUCUUUAUUGUUUGAAUAAAUAAAAAGAGAAAAACAAACUAAUGGGGCCGAAUAAUUUGUAGAAUCGUGCAGUGUUAAUAGCUAUAAGAUUAAGCGUAAAAUAUUAAAAAAAAAAAUAGAACGAUAAUGCAAAAAUGGACAUUGCAAGAUUUUUUUAAGAGAAUUUUAUUGGUUUUAUUUUUUAUUUAAAUAAAAAAUAUGUGUAGUGUGAGGUUAUAUGUUUUAAGAUAUAGUUCGGCCAUUUGACGAAGGUCGGUGAACGAUUCGCUAAUGUCGUCUGUCUGCCCACCUUCGUGAUAUGACUGUAUUAAUAAUUAUGUUUUAAUUUUUUUUUU